CUGCCGGUGCGCGAGCGCGUGCCGGCCGCGGGCGUUGGACAGUCGCCGACACGCCCGUAUGCGCACGUCUCGGCCACGAUGUCACGCCCGCCGCGCACCGUGCCGCGCCCGCAGCCGCCGACGCUCAGCUCGGCCUGGUCGCAGACGCCGCGGCGCGGCGCGAGUCCGCCGCACAGCGCACCGCCGGCCCGCGGACUGCGGCGCCUCUUUCUUCCCGACGAGGCAGCGAGCGCCGGACGCACAGCACGUCGACUGCGGCUGCGGCUCUCUGCCGACUUGGCUCCGACGUCGCGCGUCCCGACGGCCGAGCGUGGCACGCCGGCGCGUGCGGCCGUGUCGUCGCCGCUGCGUGCAUCGCAGGCCUCGCCGAGCAGCAAGAGUCCGGCCGUCAAGCUGGCGCUGGCCCGCGCACGGGCACUGAGCGGCGGACGAGCUGAACACAAGACGGCGCCAGCACCGGCGGCGGCGACUCAGCCAGCGAUGCCUUCGUCGGAGCGCCACAUCCCUCCGAGCACGCCGCCUCGACGUGCUCCGCAGACGAAUAUCUCGCCGGGCUCGAACCUCAACUUCUCCCGGCCGCUGCCGCCGCUGCCCGACCUGAGCACGCCGCCGCGCGGUGAUCCGCCUGCACUGCCGCAUGCGCAUCGCGGCUUUCUGGCGUCACUCGAGCAGCGCAAGGCGCGCGAGCGCAAGGACCGUCUGCAUGCGUGGAGCAUCGAGGUGUCGAGCGGCGGCGUGCCGAGCGUCGCAUCGCAUCCCUCGGCCUUCCACGCCGCCGGCUGUACCGUGGCGCAGUUCGGUGCUGCCACCUGGCAGUGCGGCUGCCAGGGCUCGUGGACGGGCCGCAAGAGCUCCUGCUCUCCGCCGCCGUCGCUGGCGCUGCGGCCGCGCGCCAGUGCGCCCGAGCUGCGCAACGAGCUGAGCGCGCAGGCCAAGACGCUGCAGGAGCACGGCGUGCUCAUCGAGACACUGGCGCAGGAGGUGGCUGGCCUCGCCGCUGUCGUGCGCCAGCGUCUGGGCGGCGGACGCGAGCUGGGCCGCAGCGCCGAGGCGCUCCUGCAGCCCGAGAAGGACCAGCAGCAAGAGGCGAUCGAGUCGGUCACCGCGGAGGGCGAGCGCUGCGAUGAGCGGCCCAUCUUCGGCCACGACGAGCGCCAUGACCCGCGCCAUGAGUUCCGCCACGACCUGCACGACUUUCCCCGCUCGUGCUCGCCGGGCCACCAGCGCACACGCUCAGACGCCUCGGCGUCGUCACUCUCAUCGCACGGCACGUUCCUCUCGCCCGAGCGCACGAUGCAAGGCCCGUGGCGACACGCACGCAGGGACACGCACGAGAGCGCCUCGACGAUGGCCACAUCGCUGGGCGAUGAUUCGCCAUCUCGCCUGCAGCGCGCCGUGCCUUGCUGCGGCUCGCACGCGCUCAAGGGGCACUGGUGCGAGCGCAGCCCUCGCCGCGCCGUCAGUCCGCCGCCGCCGCCGCCGGCUGGGCCUGCUGCCGCCUCUCAGGCAUCGCUGUGGUCGACGUCCACGACGCGCCCGCGCACCACGUGGACGGUCGACUCGCGUGCGCUGGACGCCGAGCAUGCCUGGCCGCCGCCGCCACUGCUGCCUCCGCGCGGCUCGAGUCUCGGCCUACGAGACUGAACGAUCACUACACAGCUCUGUCACCAAUGGCAUUCGUGCCCCAUCACACUGCGCUGGCCUCGAGCGCGGCGUUGGGCACGAGCCCAAGCUCGCGCAGCGUCUUGCUUGCGUCGCUGCCGCUGAACGUCUUGCGCGGGAACGUCGUGGAGAACUGGCGCGCGUGUGAGCGUGCGCGGCGUGCAGAGAUGCGCGCGUCGGAGAGUCUUACCUGCAGAGAGCCGCUUGCCUUGCCGGCGUCGAGCAGCGCCUUCUCGAGGUCGCGCAGCGUGCUGUCCGCGCUGAGUGUGCCUGUGCCAC